AUGAUUGCUUAUGAGAUAGCUAGUUUGGCUAACGGGAUUGCCAUGGGGUAUUUGAGGAUGAUACGCGAGCGAGUUGGUAUCUUUAGGUUUCGUGCUAUGGCUGUCGAGAACGGUGGAAAUGGUGAUAAGAAUGCGGAUGGGGCCACCACAUCAGAAAGCCAGGUGGUGAAGGAGAAAAUUUCCGGUGGAAAUGGGGACCAACAAAAGCAAGAGAAGAGCAAAGGGGAUGAGGAAACUAAAACAGUUCCAUUUCUCAAGCUCUUUUCGUUUGCGGAUUCUACAGAUAUUUUGUUGAUGAUCCUCGGGACGAUUGGUGCUGUUGCAAAUGGAGCAUCCUUUCCAGUUAUGUCAAUACUUUUCGGAGAUCUGGUUAAUUCUUUUGGACAAAAUCAGAAUAACAAAGAUGUAGUGGAUUUAGUUUCAAAGGUAAACAUGAUCAGCAUAUAUGCCAGUUUCGUGUCUCUCAAAUUUGUCUACUUGGGAGUUGGUUCUGGUGUAGCAUCGUUUCUUCAGGUGGCGUGUUGGAUGGUCACCGGAGAGAGACAGGCUUCACGAAUAAGGGGUACAUAUUUGAAAACCAUACUGAGACAAGAUGUUGCCUUCUUCGAUAAGGAAACCAACACUGGAGAGGUUGUUGGUAGAAUGUCUGGAGACACUGUUCUUAUACUAGAUGCUAUGGGUGAAAAGGUUGGGAAAUUUAUACAGCUGGUGUCAACAUUCAUUGGAGGCUUUAUUAUUGCAUUUGUCAAAGGGUGGCUUCUUACUCUUGUCAUGUUAUCCUCCAUUCCCCUGCUUGUGAUAGCUGGCGCAGGAUUGUCCAUCAUGAUAACUAGGAUGGCAUCUCGUGGCCAAACUGCUUAUGCUAAAGCAGCGACUGUAGUAGAACAAACUAUUGGCUCAAUCAGAACAGUUGCAUCAUUUACCGGGGAGAAGCAAGCCAUAAAUAAUUACAAGAAGUUUCUGGUUACUGCAUAUAAAUCUGGUGUUCAAGAAGGCUUUACUGCUGGAUUAGGUCUUGGCAUCGUUAUGUUGGUAAUCUUCUGCAGCUAUGCGUUGGCAGUAUGGUUUGGUGGAAAGAUGAUAUGGGAAAAGGGAUACACUGGGGGUGAUGUAGUUAAUGUGAUUAUUGCUGUGUUAACUGGUUCUAUGUCCCUAGGGCAGGCAUCUCCUUGCAUGAGUGCAUUUGCAGCUGGUCAAGCUGCAGCUUACAAGAUGUUUGAGACUAUCAAUAGAAAGCCAGAGAUAGAUGCUUCCGAUACAAGGGGAAAGAUAUUGGAUGACAUCAGAGGAGAUAUAGAGUUAAGGGAUGUAUAUUUUAGUUAUCCAGCCAGACCAGAUGAGCAGAUAUUUUCUGGAUUCUCUCUUUUAAUCCCAAGCGGAACAACUGCAGCAUUGGUUGGACAAAGUGGAAGCGGAAAGUCAACAGUGAUCAGUCUGAUAGAGAGAUUUUAUGAUCCACAAGCUGGUGAAGUUCUCAUAGAUGGCAUUAACCUCAAGGAGUUUCAGCUGAAGUGGAUCCGGGAUAAAAUUGGUCUUGUCAGCCAGGAACCUGUGUUGUUUACCUCCAGCAUCAAGGAUAACAUUGCAUAUGGAAAAGAAGGUGCAACUACUGAAGAGAUAAGAGCAGCAACUGAACUUGCCAAUGCUGCUAAAUUCAUUGAUAAACUACCUCAGGGACUAGACACCAUGGUUGGUGAGCAUGGAACUCAGAUGUCAGGUGGACAGAAACAGAGAAUUGCAAUAGCAAGAGCCAUUCUUAAAGAUCCACGGAUUUUACUUUUGGAUGAAGCUACAAGCGCACUUGAUGCGGAAUCUGAAAGGAUAGUGCAGGAGGCUUUAGACAGGAUUAUGGUCAAUCGAACAACUGUCAUUGUUGCCCAUCGUCUGAGCACUGUGAGAAAUGCGGAUAUGAUUGCAGUUAUUCACCGUGGAAAGAUGGUGGAGCAAGGUUCCCAUGCAGAACUACUCAAGGAUCCUGAAGGAGCUUACUUUCAGCUUAUACGCUUACAAGAAGUUAACAAAGUGUCCGAACAAGAAACAGAUGACCACAAGAAGUCAGAUAUUUCUGCAGAGUCCUUAAGACAGUCAAGUCAAAGAAUCUCACUGAAACGGUCAAUAAGUCGGGGAUCAUCUGGGAUUGGAAACAGCAGUCGACACUCUUUCUCAGUGUCAUUUGGUUUACCUACUGGAUUCAAUGUCCCUGACAAUUCCAUUGCAGAAUUAAAGGAUUCUACGCAGAAACAACAAACUGAUGUCCCAAUCAGCCGCCUUGCGUAUCUCAACAAGCCAGAGGUUCCAGUUCUAAUGGCUGGUUCUAUAGCUGCAAUUCUCAAUGGGGUCAUAUUUCCAAUUUAUGGUAUACUACUUUCCAAUAUGAUUAAAACAUUUUUUGAACCACCUCAUGAGUUGAGAAAGGAUUCGAAGUUCUGGGCAUUAAUGUUUAUGACCCUUGGCCUGGCUUCAUUUGUGGUGUAUCCAACACAAACAUAUUUAUUUUCUGUGGCCGGUUGCAAAUUAAUACAAAGGAUCCGAUCUAUGUGUUUUGAGAAGGUGGUUCUAAUGGAGGUGGGCUGGUUCGACGAGCCUGAGCACUCAAGUGGAGCAGUUGGUGCUAGGCUCUCAGCAGAUGCAGCAACAGUGCGUGCUCUGGUUGGAGAUUCUCUUUCCCAGUUGGUUCAGAACAUUGCUUCUGCUAUAGCAGGUUUGGUCAUUGCCUUUGCCGCAUCUUGGGAAUUGGCACUGGUAAUCCUUGUACUACUUCCUCUUAUAGGACUCAAUGGAUUUAUUCAAAUAAAGUUCAUGAAAGGAUUCAGUGCAGAUGCAAAGAAAAUGUAUGAGGAAGCAAGCCAAGUUGCAAAUGACGCUGUGAGCAGCAUAAGAACUGUUGCUUCUUUCUGUGCUGAAGAGAAGGUGAUGCAAUUAUACAGAAGGAAAUGUGAAGGCCCUAUGAGGACAGGAAUAAGGCAAGGGCUGAUCAGUGGAACUGGAUUUGGAGUUUCUUUCUUUUUACUGUAUUCUGUCUAUGCAACUAGUUUCUAUGUGGGAGCUCAACUAAUCAAGCAAGGGAAAACAACUUUCUCAGAAGUUUUUCGUGUUUUCUUUGCUUUAACCAUGGCAGCGUUUGGAAUUUCUCAAUCAAGCUCCUUUGCUCCUGAUUCCUCGAAAGCCAAGGGUGCAGCUGCUUCCAUAUUCUCUAUUAUAGAUCGAAAGUCGAAUAUCGAUCCAAGUGAUGAGUCAGGAACAACAUUAAACAAUGUGAAAGGAGAAAUCGAACUUCGCCACAUAAGCUUUAAGUAUCCAACUAGGCCGGACAUUGAAAUUUUCCGAGACCUCAGCUUGGCCAUUCAUUCUGGCAAGACUGUUGCCCUGGUUGGAGAAAGUGGAAGUGGGAAAUCAACGGUGAUCUCACUAUUGCAAAGAUUUUAUGAUCCCGAUUCAGGUCAUAUAACUCUUGAUGGAAUUGACAUUCAGAGUCUGCAACUCAAGUGGUUGAGGCAGCAGAUGGGGCUUGUGAGCCAAGAACCAGUUCUCUUUAAUGAUACAAUCCGAACCAACAUUGCAUAUGGAAAGGAAGGAAAUGCAACUGAAGCAGAAAUUCAUGCUGCAUCGGAGCUGGCCAAUGCACACAAAUUCAUUAGUAGUUUACAACAGGAUUCAAAGAUCAUUCGGGUACGAUACUGUUGUAGGAGAGCGAGGAACCCAUUUGUCCGGGGGCAGAAACAAAGGGUGGCCAUUGCUCGUGCUAUAGUCAAAAGUCCCAAAAUACUUCUAUUGGAUGAGGCUACCAGUGCACUGGAUGCUGAAUCUGAAAGAGUGGUCCAAGAUGCACUGGACCGAGUUAUGGUGAAUAGGACUACAGUCGUUGUAGCUCAUCGAUUGUCUACAAUCAAGAAUGCAGAUGUUAUUGCCGUGGUGAAAAAUGGAGUUAUUGUGGAGAAAGGCAAGCACGAUUCUUUGAUCCAUAUCAAAGAUGGUUUUUAUGCCUCUUUAGUGGCUCUUCAUAUGAGUGCCUCAACGUCUUGA